AAAAAGCAAAUCAGUGUGAUUCUCACGGUGUGAACUUCAUCCACAGCUAAUGAAUAUUAUAACGGUCUUUGCUCUGUUUCGGCUUCUGCCAGAUAUUCUAUUAGCGUGGAAAAGUUUUAUUUUGUUGUGCCAUCUCCUGUUUCCAGUUACUGCACUUCACAACACCCUCCUGCAGACUCCACGACUUCAGACCGUCUCUGUUGGAAGUUCCAUUAAGCUGAAUUGCCACACAGGUUGGUAUGUGAGUGGACGCCUUCACUGGUAUAAGCAGCAGCUGCGAGAAAAUUUGCGAAAGGUUUACUUAAUGAACAAGAACUUCAUUUCAGAUGGAAAAAAGAUUUCUGGAGAAAUUAACAAUACUUUGAAAAUUUAUACACUUGUGAUUGAUGAUGUUCAAGUGAAUGAUUCGGGUCGAUAUUACUGUGCAGCGUGGAAAUCUUAUGGAAGGCCCUUGGUAUUCGGAAAUGGAUCAACACUGCACGUUACAGAUGGAAUGAGUGAAAUCAAUGGAACUUUUGUCUAUCAGAUAGAGCCUUGCCUUUUAAUAUUUUAUGAAAGUUCGUUGGUGACGAUUAUUCUCAUUAUCUUUACUGUUGCUGCGGUAUGGAGCUACUGGAAGCGGAAUUUAAGAUCAGGCGUCAGAAUCACUGAUAAUGACUGCAGGGGUUCUCCACCACACGAUCAAAAGCAGGAGCACCGGGGUCCCAUGUUUGAUCCCAGACUCGAACGACUGUCUGUGUGGAGUUUGCACGUUUUCCCCGUGUCUGCAUGGGUUUCCUCCGGGUGCUCUGAUUUUCACCCACAGUCGAAAGAUGUGCAGUUCAGGUUCUCUAUGCCCGGUUGCCGUUCACUGUAGAUCAGACAGUGUGAUGGAACAGAAACAAGCAUUCAUCAAUUCUUUUUUUCUCACUCCAUGGGACGCCAGUUAGAAAUAUUUGUUCACUGAUCAGUACAAAAACAUUUCCUUGAUUUUGCACCAUGCCUGUUUGUUUUAAGGAUCGUUGGCAUGAAGUCAGAAAUUUCAUACAAAAGAGCAACUGGCAGAAUGAAACCUCAAGAGAAAAAAUGUUCCACCAAACGUAGAUUUUACUAUCACAUGACACUGAUUUUUAAAAUAAUGUGUUAAAAAUCCGAAGAGAGAAUAAUCUAACAACGACUGUCAAAUUUAUGAUUUUUGCUUUUAUUCUAUAACUGACUUAGGCGCCACUUUUAAGGGUGACUAAUAUGA